AUGAAGAUUACUUUGCUUUGUCUUCUAUAUUUCAUUCCAACAGUUCUUACACAGCAGAAUAUAACAGACGAUAUUAUUGUGAAGCCGAUUGCUGUGAAGAAUUCAUUUAGCUUCUUCUGCACACCAUGUAAGGUUGCAACUAAGUUCCUCUCUGUAUUAACCAACAACUCAAUAGGAAAAAGUGUUUCCGUCUUCAUAUGCUCUAUAGCUUUCUCGGCUGAGGCUCAGCAAGGCUGUAUGCCAUUGAUUGAGUCAGCUUCAGUUCUACUCCGAGAAGCUAAACCAUCCACUAUAUGUAGUAAAAUGAAAAUAUGCGAUGAUGAAGUAGAUGAGAAGGAGAAUGAAGUGAAAAAACAUUCACCAUCGUACACUGUUCAAAAUGCUUUGAAGAUUUUUGACGACGACCGAGACCAAAACAGUUCAUCUUGGUCAACAUUAGCAGCAGAAAGUUCGAUUGAGAAGUUUUUCGACGAAAUUGCUGAAGAUUCGGAUGACGACGUUUCUGAUUUUUUGAAGAGCUUAUCUCUCAAAGUACUUGGGGUUCUGCACUAUAUCCAUGAGAAAGAGAACUGA